CCGCCCGCCGGGGCCUCACUCGGCGGCGGGAUGGGGCCGCGCUGGGCGCUGCUGGCCGCGCUGCUCCGCGCCGCGGGCGGCCGGGAAUAUUCAAUGCCUUAUACACCACAGUUUGGACAAUGCAAAGAUCCCAGCACUGAAUUCUAUGAAGAAAGACUUAAUAAAUGUUGCAGCCAGUGCCCUCCAGGUGAAUAUAAGGCAGAGAGCUGCAGUCACAGCGUGGACACAAAGUGCAGUCCCUGCAGACCUAACACAUACACAGAAAUCUGGAAUUGGUCUCCUCAGUGCUUUGCCUGCUCACCACCCUGCAGGAGAGGAUUUGUGCAGAACCAAACAUGCACUAGGUCACAGGACAGAAUCUGUAGCUGCCCACCCAAUGAGUACUGCGUUUCCAAACUGUACAAUUCCUGCACAAUUUGUCACAUGCAUAAAAAAUGUGGGAAAGGUUACCGAGUUUCCAGAAGAGGGACAGACAGCACAGAUACGGAAUGUAAACCUUGUCCUCCUGGCACGUUUUCAGACGCGGAAUCUUACGAUAGCAGCUGCACACCACACAGAGUUUGUAAAUCAGUGGCUGUUCCUGGAAACAGCAAAAAUGACACCGUUUGCAACGACUCAGGAACAGCAGCUGCCACAGUUCUACCUCACACUGUCUUGAACCUGCUCCUGACCCAGAGCUCAGCUUCCAACAAACCUGAAAUAAUAACUCGACCUGUCAUUUUAAACUCUGUACCUGACAUGUCUCACAUCAUUGGAUCAGUAGCAGGACCAUUGUUAUUGGUCCUGAUAAUUGCUAUUUUGGGGUAUUGCUUAGUCUUCAAAAAAAAAGCCCUUACAUAUUCUCCACCAACUACAGAAGCAGAUUCGCCCUUUUCCUCUACCGAAAAGGAGUGUGACAAAAAAGUAAGAAAUACAGGAUCACAAAACUCCAGCAAUUCUGAACAGGAGGAACAGCAUCUCUUGGAAACUUCCGAGUCCAGCAGUAGCUCCCUGAAUAAUCCAACUGGGUCUGCAAGAGUCAGUGUAGGAAGUAACAAGAACAAUGAAAAGAAAGAAACAGAAGGAUUUCAGCAGCAAUAUUUGUCUGUGGGAGGUUGGAAGCUUCACAGUGGAGACAGACACAGCUCUGCAAGUUCAGAACUUUCUGGGAACGGAGGAACGCAGGUGAAUGUGACUUGUAUUGUUAAAGUGUGCAGCCCAGACUGCAGUUCCCAGUUCCCAGAACAGUCUAGUUCAACUAGUAUGGAUUAUGAAAAUGCUCCCUGUUGUUCCUUGAGAGGGGAACAAAUUCCUCUGUCCAAAGAAGAAAACCCCUUGAAAAAAGAAACUGAAAUUCAAAUCUCAGUGGAAAAUGAGGACAAUUUAAUUCAAGACUUAGUUCCAGAAGAAAAGAAGUUUCCUCUGGGUGUUCAAGAUGCGGAGCUGAAAACCAGUUAAAGGAAAGAGCAGACCAUAUACUGAUUGACUGAUAGGAUGAAUCAAGCAACCCUCUGUCUUCUCAAAUAAACAUUGUUAAAUGUAGCAUUCUUACAGAUACUUUACAUUUCAGACAAAUAUUGACACUUGAUGCUUUUGAAGUUUGUCAUGGCUUCUGUCAGCUUUGAGAGUCCAAGGCGGAUCUUUGCAGUUUAAAAAAACUUGGAUGAUUUUUCUUUUAAACUGAAUGGCCAGCUCCUCCCUUUCUGCUGGAAUACCUUAGAAAGACCUUCACCAGAUUUGAAAAGCAAUGUUUUCCUAACUUUAUGCCACUGAUUUUUCUGCUGAUGAUAAUUUGGGUUCAGGUAUGCCACCUGUCAAGAACGUGGCUGUGAGCAGCACUUCUAAGAGACUGGAGUUAAAUCAUUAUUCAUUCAAUGCUAAUGAAUUAUCCAUUUGAUUUUAAAACUAUUUCAUUUUAUUUCCUAUCCCAUAUCUUCAUGGACAUCCUUUCCUUCAUCCUUCUUGAUAUUUGUUAUUACAGUUUGCUUUUGGUUAUUAUUGGACCAAACAUCUCAAAUCAACCUUGAGUACAUCAAGGAGUGAAAUCUUUCAGAUGAGCUUUUCUUACCAGAUUACAGCUAUUAUGUCUAAGUAAUAGCAUUUCAUUAACUGUGCAUAGUUCAUUUUAUUUUAGAAAAGAAAAUCUAGAUUAAAUAGUUGUUACUUGGAGUAGGAAGUAAGUUCCUUUUAUUGACAGCUCUAAAGUUUGUCAU